CAGAGAUGUGCGGAGCAGUCCUCAUUGAUCCUAGACAAGACCGACCUCAACCUGGACCCCAGGUCCCAUCAGGUGGAGGUCGAAGUGUUGGAAGUGGCAUUUAUAGUAGCCAGACAUCUCCCAAAUCAGACAAAGGUGACAAGGAGGCUGAAGUGGAUGCUUUAACCAACAUGCUUAUGAAGAGUAUGGAGUCAGCAGCUGAGGAGGAUUUUUUUGGUAUAUGUGGAAGAUGCGAAAAAGAGGUGAAAGGGGAAAAUAAUGGUUGCACAGCCAUGGACCAGGUGUACCACAUCAACUGUUUCACUUGCGUUGGCUGCAAUAUGCGACUGCAGGGAAAGUCAUUUUUUGCUAUGGAGACCAAACCCUACUGUGAAUCCUGCUAUAUCAAUACUCUUGAAAAGUGUUCAGUGUGUUCCAAGCCCAUCACUGACAGAUUGCUUCGAGCAACAGGCAAGCCCUAUCAUCCAGACUGCUUUACCUGUGUUGUGUGUGGAAAGUCACUUGAUGGCAUUCCAUUCACAGUAGAUGCCACAAAUCAGAUACACUGCAUUGAGGAUUUUCACAAAAAGUUUGCUCCACGAUGCUGCAUGUGCCAACUUCCAAUUAUGCCUCAAGUGGGACAAGAUGAAACAGUUCGUAUUGUUGCGAUGGAUAGAAGUUUUCAUGUGGAUUGCUAUAGGUGUGAGGACUGUGGAAUUCAGUUGUCUUCAGAAGCAGAAGGACGAGGCUGUUACCCACUCGAUGACCAUAUCCUCUGCAAAAACUGCAAUGCGGCAAGGAUUCAGGCAAUGACUACUAAGAUGUCAACUGAGCUGUGAAAGUGGCAUUACACUGUACUCGUGGAACUGCUAAAUCUUCUGCAGAAAAAUAUUUAGCAUACUUUGGAAAUGGCUGCAUGCAGCAAGGCAAAUAAAAAGUGACUUUAAAAAUGUUAGGACUGAUCAUAAGCUGGCCUGUGGAUUUAAACUGUCAGAUUUUGGAGCUGGCAUUGUUAAGAAUAGCCUUUUGUGAAGUGAGAAUGAUAAAGUGAGUAGCAGAGACCAGAUCAGGGGAGGACCAGUGAACAAGUUAUAUGAGUAUUUGUUUCCUACUUUAUUUAAAUGAUGGACAAGAGUGGAGCUGCUUUAAAAACUGGUUAUUUACUCAGCAGAAGAUCCUUCCUCACAAAAAAAUCCUGUUUUCCUUUUGUUUUUAGUUUUAAGUCAUUUAACGCUGUUAAGUACUAAUAUGGUGAAAUAUGAGAAAACAAAGCUCAGAAACUUCGUUAAGAUGCUUUAUAACGAAAAGUUGUUGAAAGAUUUAAUUGUGAAGCUUUAGAAAGAAAUAUGAAUGCUUGUUAAGUUAUAAUGUGUAUUUUCUGUCGUGCCUCCCACUCUCUCCAAAAGGAAGAAAGAGGACGGCGCUUUUUUUUUUUUUAGUGGCUUUGAAGUAACUGCAGUGUUCAGACAUCAAAAAGCUUGUAUUGCUCAGUUUAAAUGACCUGGACUGUGUUUUUCAUCAUCGAGGUAGUUAUAUUUGUAUUUUCUGCAAACAAUAGUACAGUCUUCCUUCAUAACCAAUAUUUCUGGGAAUUAUUUGUGUUCAUAAAUAUUCAUUUAUAUUGAUGUAGUGAAGGCUGCAAAUGUUCUGAUUUUCAAUAUUCAGCUAGAAACUACUGUCUGACAUAAUUGAUAAUGUUUGUACAUGAGCAUGAAAAACAUACUUUAGACAUUUGCAGUUCCUAAUAUGCAUGCAUGACUAUUUCAUUUUAAAUUCAUUAUUUUGUGCACAUUGCUUCCUCUGUUGUAAAAUUCCCUCAGAAGAGAUGAUUUAUCCCCAAAAGAGCUUUUAAAUCUGUGAUGUAGGCAGUGGUAUUUCCAUGACCUCUACAGAAAUCAUGAUGUACUUAAUAUUUGGUUAUCACAACUUAACUUCACAACUUCUUCCUCUACCCACACCCCUGAUAUUUAACUGGGUAUUUAAAUUUUUUCUGGUAGCUCAUGGGUGAUUUCCUGUUGACUAACUGUACAUUUGCAUGAAUCAUAAACAGCACCUGAUUUCAUAUUUUAUAAACCUAAACUGUAUUUGUAACUGACCAGUGAUAAGCUGUAUUAAUUACUAGUCUGCCAUUAUGCUGAUGAAAGUACAUCAUCUGUCAACAUUUUUCUGUGAUCGUCAUAUUCAAUGUAAAACUACUACGACAUCUCGAUGUAUAUUACUACUCGAGUCAAGGUGAUUAAACUUUUAUCUUCAACUGAAUCAUAAUAUGUUGGAUUGUGAUAUAAUAAAACGUAAUCUAGGUAUACAUGUUCAUUGUUUGCCAAUAGUGUAUAACAACUGUUUUAAUAAAAUUUUGUUAUAAAGAUGCCAGUGCUAUAGCACUUAACAGUUUGACGGUAUCAGCAGGAUCACAAAAUCCUUAAUUGUGCUAUCAGGGUAUUGUGAUACUUUAAAUAUUAUGUUAUUAAUAAUUUCUUGCUUUUACUCUUUUACUUUAAUUUCUUCUGUACAUAUAUUCCCAACCACUUCCACCACUAACAUUCAGAUACUUGAACUGCUUUCUUUCCAAGACAAAAAGAUCUGUGAAUUUGUGUAUAUUUGUCAAGAGUGAUGUCCCUUAGCCUAACUAGUUGGAGGUUCUGCUGUGUCACUUUUUUUUGUCCUCCAACAUCUUGUUCUUUGCACUAGACUUCUUGUUGGUGUGUCUUUUGAUGUGCCUACCACUGUGAGUUUAGAAUGUGGUGCCCUUAUCAUUUUGGUUGUUGUGGUUCUUUUCUGACAAAGAUUUCAGGGUUGAAGCAGUUCCACAGGGUUUGGUUUCUUAUGACCUUCAUUAAUCAGUGAAGUUGUGUAUGUGCUGGGGCUCAUUCGUCAUUCCAAUGCGACUGGAGCUGUCUGUGGAAUGUGCUUUUGGAUACCACCUUAGCAGAGGAUGUAUUUUGUUUCUAUGGUUUUGAUAUGUGGAUUGUGGUUUAUGCUGUACACAGUCUACUACAUACCCGUGUUACUCUGUAAAUUUGUCACCUUAUGAUAUUGCUGUCAUGAAAUACAGAUCAAAACUAUACUUUUUAAGUUCUUGGACUGUGAAACAGCAGCACAUGGCUGAAUGGUCAACUCUAGCCAUACAGUGUCUUUCACUCCACUAUACAAAACCCACCCUCACUUUCUUUUAAAUUUUAGUUUUUUCUUUCUUUUUUUGGCGGUGUUUUGAGCUUGCUGCUCAAUAAGGGACAUGUGCUAUAUCAAAUGCUCUAUUAUUGUUAUUAUUACUACACCUAAUUAGCAUUUACAAAAGAUGAUGACCUGCUACAUAUCUGCCUGUCUGUGUAUGCAUUUAGUGGUAAUAUCCGUCACAUAUCUAAAUCAAAUUGGUACUCUUCCUCACUGAGUAAAGGCUUAUAAUACUCUGUUCAGCAGUCUACCAUAAUUUAAACGUGUUCUACACUAUAGUGGCUUGAAUAGAAUAAUGCACUUUUCUAGUGAAUGUAAUUUUAAGAUUUUUUUUACAAACCACAUUGAUUUAUUAUAUUUCUUUUUAGAACCACUGUGCUUUUUAAUAAGUUUCAUGUGUCUAGCUGCACAAGCUUUGAAAUGUAGUGUGUAUCAAUGUAAACUUUUUUUUUAAUUAGCAUACAAAUGUGAAUGUAUGGUUUUAUGUAUUAACUUUUUUGGUUUUUUUAUGUAUUUUUGCUUUUCUCUCUCCUUGCACGAGAAAGAAUAUAAACUUUGUUGUUCAGCCAUUGAUGUUCUUUUGGCAGUCUACUUUUAAGAGAUAAUCUGCAUACAUUUAAUUUGUGCACCACGAGAAAAUGCUUUCAAGAACCUGGCACAAUAUAAGAUUUUUUUUUCUCUUUCUCUCACCCUACUUCCCUUCUUUCAUCAUGAUGUAGACUUAGUUGCUGGCACAGCGAGAAACUCCGCAAACCAUCGCUCCCUCCCCUCACCAUGAUAUAACCUGAGUUUCUGCCACAACAACUAAGCAUUGCUUCCUCCUCCCUCUUCUAUUGCACAUGGAUGCAUGCACAUAGUGUAUUUGAAAGGGGUUUCACUGCUCUGCUUGGAACACCAUUAUCCAGUGUUUAGUUUUAUGCAUGUGUGUGUAGUACUCUCUCUAUGUUUUAUAAUGUAUCAUCUACAUUUCUUGAUGCUGACUUACGCCAGGGUGUAUGUAAUUUAAUACUUGACAGAAUGGUCUUUCUUUUCAAAUCCUUUAUGAGGGUAUUUACUGUGCAGUUAUUUAUACUGAAAGGGAAGCCGACUGCUGAUUGGUUCGAGCAUGGUGGCAUCCAAACUGACAGGUGUUCUGAUUCAAUCCCUGUGUGGCACAGUAAACUUGCCCCAGUUAGCUUUUGGAAAUGAGUACCCAACUCCAUGGAGAGUUGGCGAAAGGAAGGAAGAAGAAAUGGGCAUCACCCUCACAUAAACUGACUACGAGAAAAUACAAAAAAAAAAGAAAAAAAUUUAACUUAGAGAAUGACCUUUACCUCUAUUUUUCUAAUUGUUGUCACUAUCAUGAUCGCAAGGAUCAAGGAAAAUAUAAAUGUGUCAAAUUUAAAAACUGGGAUAACUUACAAAUAGAGAGCCGUCUGAUAAUAAGAUCAAGUCCAGAAAUGCAUUAGUUAUAACUGUUUUUAAAAAAGGUAAAAAAAAAAAAUAAGCUUAUUUAUAAAUUUGACUUACAGAAUUUCUUCAUCAUAAUAACUUGAAUAUUUUGAAACAAGUGUGGCAAAACUUAAUCAGGUACUAAGUACUAGAUAAAGCAAUAUGAUUAAAAUUUUUCUACACUAAA